AUGGAGGACAAUACGUUCAGCGAUGAUUUCGAUAUUGAUGACAGUGCAAUGUCACCAAGUCAAAACAACCCACUAAAUGACUACAAAAAACAGGCCCGCGCUCAACACAAUGCAUUGGAAAGACGACGACGUGACAAUAUUAAAGAUAUGUAUUGCUCAUUGAAGGAUGGAAUCCCAAAUUUCUCCAGUGAUCGCGCCUCUCGAGCUCAAAUAUUAAGAAAAGCUUAUGAAACAAUUCAAGCAGGGAAUGACGAACUGAAAAAUCUUAGCCAAGAGGUGAAAAAAAUAGAAGAACAUAACGAACAUUUACGAAAGCAAUUGGAGACACAAACAAAAGUUACGCGUUAA